UCAUCUCUAAACUUUUUGGGAUUUUAGUAAAUUAUUUUUAAUUUUAGCUUAUAGUUCGCCCUUUUUAAAUUCUUACUAGAUUAUCGAUUCUUAACUUACUUGUCAACAUUUCAAUUAAGUCUUUUCAAACUACACUUUCUAUUACACCUUAACAAUCAUGAGUGAAACACCGAAAAUUCCAAAUGAGCAACAAGCAAACACAGAAGUCACCAAAACUAAAAAAAAACGAAAUAGAAAUCGUAAAAACAAUGUUAAGGCAGAACAAAGCACUCAGAAUGGAACUGUUGAGGAAACUACUCUGCCCUCUACUAUUUCUAUUCAAGAUAUUCAAAAAGCAAUGGAAGUUUUCUCACUUCAACAAAGAGCAGCUAAAACACCAGAAGAGGCCUUACAUAAACAAUAUCGUUUUUGGUACACUCAACCAGUACCUAAAAUGAGUGAAAAGAUAGUUACUGAUGGUCCAAUUGAAGAGGAUAAAACAAUAGAUCAAAUUAGAAAAGAGCCGUUUACAUUGCCUGAUGGUUUUCAAUGGGAUACACUUAGUCUUGAUGAUCCUUUUGUUUUAAAAGAAUUGUACACAUUAUUAAAUGAAAACUAUGUUGAAGAUGAAGAUAGCAUGUUUCGAUUUGAUUAUCAGCCUCAUUUUUUGAAAUGGGCUCUUCAACCUCCUGGAUGGUUAAAAGAAUGGCAUGUUGGAGUCCGAGUCAUUAAAAGUAAUAAAUUAGUUGGUUUCAUUAGUGCUAUCCCAGCUUUGCUUAAAGUUUAUAACAAGUCUCAAAAAAUGGUUGAAAUUAAUUUUCUUUGCGUUCAUAAAAAAUUACGUAGUAAAAGAGUAGCUCCAGUUUUAAUUCGUGAAAUAACUAGACGUGUGAAUCAAAUGGGUAUUUUUCAAGCUGUUUAUACAGCUGGAAUUGUUUUACCAAAACCUAUAGGAACUUGCAGAUAUUGGCAUCGUUCUUUAAAUCCAAAGAAGUUAAUAGAAGUUAAGUUUUCUCACUUAAGUCGCAAUAUGACUAUGCAACGAACAUUAAAGUUACAUAAACUUCCUGAUUCAACACGUACUCCUGGAUUUCGCAAACUGACUGAAAAAGAUUUGACUCAAGCUCGAAAAUUACUUUCUAGUUAUAUGAAAACCUUUGAUUUGUCACCCAUAUUUUCUGAUGAAGAAUUUAAACAUUGGUUUCUGCCUCAAGAAGGUAUUAUUGAUGCCUAUGUUGUUGAAAAUAAUAACAAAAUUACAGAUUUAGUUAGUUUUUAUACUCUUCCUUCGACUAUUAUGCAUCAUCCAACUUAUCGUACAUUAAAGGCAGCAUACUCUUUUUAUAAUGUGUCUACUAAAACACCGUGGGUUGAUCUUAUGCAAGAUGCUCUUAUUUCAGCUAGAGAUGCUAACUUUGACGUGUUCAACGCCUUAGACCUUAUGGACAACAGGGAAUUUUUAGAACAACUUAAAUUUGGAGUUGGAGAUGGAAACUUACAAUAUUAUUUAUAUAAUUGGAAAUGUCCUGAAAUUGAUAGUAAUAAGAUUGGAUUAAUCCUUCAAUAAUAAGUAUCACUGAAUAAAUGUUGAUUUAUCUGUGUACAAUAUAUGAAUAAUAAUUUAUCCCAACAACAAUUGAUUAAUAAUGUA